AUGGCUAGCGACUCAAUUUGUGCCGACCAAGCCAAACCCGGUCCUCGACCAGUCAGACGGUACAUCACUGGGCAUGAUCCUAGCACUGGACAGAGCAUCUAUCUCGAUGUGCCAGAACUGAAAUAUUCUCAAGUACCGGGCUUUGGAGAGGCAUCAAGGUCGUUCGCAACAACGCAACUACCAGCCAAUCUCGACGGGGAUUCGGAUCUCAAAGCAUAUCUGUCGAAAGACACCACGGCCAGCUCAACACGUGGUGAGAUCAUAGUACCCGCCGAAGAUGCUGUUCGGUAUCCUGAGACGGCGUUGGGGGGCGCAAAUGUAGUCAACUUAUCUAUUGAUCCAGGCGCAAUUGGGCACAUGCACAGAACUAUAUCUCUCGACAUCUCAACAUGCAUUGAGGGAGAGGUGAUCCACGAGCUUGAUAGCGGCCAGAGAGUCUUGCUCAAGUCAGGUGAUCACAUCAUUCAACGAGCUACCAUGCAUCGAUGGAUCAACGCGUCUGAUACCGUUAGAGCCCGGGUCUUAGCUGUGGUCUUGCCUUGCAGCACGUUCCAGGUUCAGGGGAAAUCUCUUCAAGAAGAGCAUAGGUCCUAG